AAGAGAUCGAGAUUCCACUCCCAGCUGAUUACAAUAAAGAAAUCAAACAACAUUUAUAAAUAUACUUACCGUUAUCGCCGCUUACAUCUUUCAAAUUUCAAACACAAACUCAAACUCCAUUCUCACUUCACUUUAUCAGUCCAAAAACAAUGUUAACAACUCCAAUCAAGAAAAUGAAGCAAAAAAAUGGCAGAACACCUCUACAACUCAAGAACAUUCCUGCAAAUCCGAUUACUGAUGAUGGAGUUAAGACUAAGGGAAAGGGGAAGUCUGAAUGGAUUGAGAUAUCAUUAACCGGCAAAGAGAACUAUUUCAAUGUAAUGAAGAAAGUUGAGAAUAAUAAUAAAGAUCUGGAGAUUAUUCAGAGUAAUAAUAAUGAUAAUGUACCGAUUAAGAUUGAAUCGUUUGAUUCAUCCUUAGCUGAGGAAUUAGGUGUGAUUAGGAAGAAACUUGAGAGAUUGAGAUUGGAAAAGGAGAGAACUGAAAAGAUGUUGAGAGAGAUGGAUUUGGUGUUGGAUAUGGAAAUGAAAGAGAUGGAGAUGAGAGGGAAGAUGCAGAAGGAAUUGGAAAUGGAAGUUGUCAAGUUACAGAGAUUGAAUGAACUUAGAUCCUUUUGUAUGAGAGCUACUCGAAUCCAAUCGCUUAGAGAAAUUGAAGAAGCAAAGAAGAUUAAAGAAUCUCAAUUGAAGGAGGAGGAAACAGAAAAUGAGAUAGAGAAAUCAGAAGCAUCGUCAUCCUCGAGGGUAAAUGAUGAUGAUCAGAGCUUGGUUUUCUUUUGAUGUGUUUAUGUGUUUUGUCUAAACACUAAACUAUAGAUUGUGAUACCCGAAACCAGAGAAAAUAAUAGCUCAAUAUUUUCUUUUCAUCCAUU